AACUGUCUUUUGUCAACAGUCAAGUCAAACAUUUUCAAAAUAGCGGUUUUAAACUUCGAUCAAUUUCGAAAGAAAUACGUGUAAAAUGAAAACUAUUUCGACGAAUAAUGAAGAACACAGCAGGAUACUUUCUGGUUUAAUUCAGCGAGAGCAACAUGAAGGCGUCGCUACGGCGGCACUUACAUCGGAGAUCCUCUCGAAGCUCAACAUAUCCAUCGAUGCUUUGCCGCCAAAAUGCCAGCAGGUCCUCAAACAAGCAGCCGAAGCACAGCAAGCAAUGGACAUCAGCCAACUAGAUCCCAUCGCCAUAUCUCUACACCAAACUAAAGAAAUGUCCCAAAAACUAGAGGAUGAAUACGAGAUUUUAAAACUUAAACAGAAAAACGUCGAGCUACAAGCAAAAAUCGACCGUAACAACAAAUUUUUGGAGGAACUGAGGAAAGAAUUGCAAAAUUCAAGAGAUUCGUUGGCGAGUCAGAAUCCGAAUCCUGAUAAUAUUCAAGAGCAAAUUAGACAGUUGAAGCAGAAGGUGGCUUCUUAUGAAGACAGCUGUGUGAAGGCUAAUUCAAAAUUCUCAAAGCUGUCGGUACCGGACGCCAUCUUGCCGACGUCCCUCUCGGCGCUUGUGACGUCACUAGUCGCGUUGCGGGAAGAAGCUGCGUCAUUGAAACUUCGAGCCGAUGAUGUAGAAUUGGCCAGAGAAGCUAGGGACACUUUUAUUCGAUUACGAAGAUAGAUUCUUUUGCAUGAAGAAGGUAACUAAGAAUAAUAUAAUCAUGUAGAAGAUAAAAAAAUACUCUUAGGGGAAGUUCAUAUAUGACGUGAGUAUAUAUUGAUUGAGAAGGAGUCAAAUGUAAUCUCAAAGGGAAAUAAAAUAUACUUAGUACUGUUUUUAAUGUAAGUAUCAAAUGUACGAUGAAGUUACUUUCUAGAUUCUUUGUAAUUGUAAAGUUCAAUUUAUAGUUAAGUUAAAUAAAAAUAUUGCAUCUCAAAUGUUUUAUUAAAUUAAAUUUUAAUCGAAUUGUAAUAUCGUUUGACGAUCUUCGUGUAAUCAUAUGACUCUCUCUACUCUCGGCUUGGGGCUGCAUAAAUAACACAAGCAGAUAAUUUUCAUAAUAUUUAUUGUAUUCGUUCGUUCCUCUCGAAGAAGUACAACCUCAGUCUAGCAAUAAUUCGACUUACAAUCAACGCCCCACAACACAUCCCGCCUCAAGAGCCUCGAGGCUUCACAAACUUACGAUUAAACAUAACGAGAUAUUUUAUCGAUAAAAUGCUGGCAUACAAAACUGAAAUAUUAACCCACACCUCCAUAUUAUGAAGAUCACUAUCUACGCAGGACAACAGUCAUCGAAUUCAGUGUCAAUUCUCGAUUUUUAGCUUUGCAAUUUAUCGAUAAAAUCCCUCAACCUGACUAUUUACAAGGUAUAAGAACUUACGCUAAAUGUAAAAGCUGUCGACAAGCAGAUUAAGUAGGACAAUUAAACUUGUAUAUUUUAUCAUGAUUUGAAUAUGCUUGGUAAGCAGAUCGAAACUUGUAUCACUAUCAAGAAUUUUAUUUUAACAUCUAAAAUUACAAUUACAGUCGCAAAGCUAUCUAAAAGUAAGAAUAAUAUCGAUAUGUUUAUUAUGGCGAAUGCAGAUAAAAUAGUUCUACUUUAAAAUUGUGGCAAGUUUUUUAACCUAAGGUUUUUUUUCUGUUACCGAAAUUGCAUCUAUGAGACUUAUGCAAACAGUUUUAAGGUCUAAAAUUGAAUGAAUCAUUAUUAUUGCUUAUGAGUAAAAUCUGAACUAUGAUAUUAAAAUGUUUAGAAUUACAAUGAAAAAUGGAUCUUAAAUAUUCGGAAUAAGGUUAAUUUUUAAAAUGAAAUCUAUGACGAUAUUUCUCACACAUGCCUUAAGAAAUAUUUAUUUGCAUCCAAAUCCACGUGUAAAAUAUCAAAGAUCAAUAAAUAAUUUAUUUUCAUAUAUUUAAUUAGUCCUUUCAAAUAAAAUAUCGCCUAGUUCUUGUAUAAUUUCAAAAACUAGCAUCACUUGUCUUAUUCAUUUUAUUUUACGAAGAUUUGGAUACACAAGUACCAUUGGCUUUAAGUUAACAAAAAUAAAUGCAAUGUACAAUGCAACAAAUUCAAUAUUAGAUCAAAUCUAAUUUAUUAAAAA